UGGCCCCUCCAGAAUCCAGUUCGGUUUUUGCGCUGUGCCGGCAGGCCGACGCAGCCCGGCCUCUAUCGAGAGCCAAUCAGAGCGCUCCUCUCAGCACGUGGAGCAGAGAGACUCCAGAGCUCUGCGCCCGCAGCUCACUACACUUGUAACCGCUUGUCCUGAGCGCAGAGAGGACGAGCUCCGGCUGAGGCCAGGGUGAGAGUCCGCGGCCCGCAACCGAGAGAGACAGAGAGGAACAAAGAUCUCAGUAAUACCUGUUAUAAUCAGACACCCUAACCACCCCCAGCGCACACUCUUUCAUCCCACCCGCCAGGAAAGGCAGCCAGAGGUCCGCUCUCUGAGCCCAAGGAAAAGCUCCAGCCAUGAGCAAUCAGUACCAGGAAGAGGGCUGCUCCGAGAGGCCCGAGUGCAAGAGUAAGUCUCCAACUUUGCUCUCGUCCUACUGCAUCGACAGCAUCCUGGGUCGGAGAAGCCCAUGCAAAAUGAGGCUUCUGGGAGCCGCGCAGAGCUUGCCUGCCCCGCUGGCCAGCCGCGCUGACCAAGAAAAAGCCAUGCAAGGUAAGGUUGUGCCGCCUACAAGGGCACCUGUGCCAGGCGCUUCCUCCAAGGGAAGGAGCCGGCCUGUGCCUGUUGCACCCCACCCCUGUCCCCACUCCAGGCAGUUCUUAACACAUUUUCUCCAGGAGAAUUUUUUUCUUUGCCCUUUUGAGCAAGAAAUCCCUGCCUCCUGCCGCUGUGGGCCUUUGGGCCAUGGCGAGUGUUCAGGGCUGAAGGGCCCAGGCGGUUUCGCCCCGCAGGGGUCGCCCGCGGGGCAAAGCCCCUCUUGGAGAGCAGGCGCUAUUUUUGACCCAUGUACUGUGUGGGCCUUCAACCCUCGCCCGGUGGCCCAGCAGUCGUGGGUAUCAGUUACAUUGUUCUCAGGAAAACUGGAGCCCUUGCGAGCCAGGACUGGGGGCAAAUGUGAGAAGAAAGAGGCCGGUCCCCCAGUGAGAAUUGAGAAUGAGACCUGUGAGUGCCUGGCUCGCGCUCCCCUAACCCGGCAGCUCCUUCGCAGGAGACGUGUGCAGCUUUUCAAUGUGUAUUUUCGACGGGGAAAGCUGCCUGUCCUUUUGAACCAGAGAAAUCUCAGCUCAGACUCAAGGCCUGAGCCAACUCCAAAACAUAGUUGGGAGGAGCUGGCAAUGAGGCUGGACCUGACUGAGGCCCGAGUCCAGGUGUGGUUCCAGAACCGUCGGGCCAAGUGGCGCAAGAGAGAGAAGGCUGGCGCGCAGACCCAUCCCCCGGGGCUGCCCUUUCCCGGGCCUCUCUCGGCCACCCAUCCACUCAGCCCCUACCUGGACGCCAGCCCUUUUCCUCCGCACCACCCUGCGCUUGACUCGGCCUGGACCGCUGCUGCUGCUGCCGCAGCAGCCGCCUUUCCGAGCCUACCACCGCCUCCAGGCUCAGCUAGUCUGCCGCCCAGCGGGGCGCCGCUGGGCCUGAGCACUUUCCUAGGAGCGGCGGUGUUCAGGCACCCGGCCUUCAUCAGCCCAGCCUUUGGCAGGCUCUUUUCCACCAUGGCCCCCCUGACCAGCGCGUCGACCGCGGCUGCGCUCCUGAGACAGCCCACACCCGCGGUGGAGGGCGCAGUGGCCUCGGGAGCGCUGGCCGACCCGGCCACUGCCGCUGCAGACAGACGCGCAUCCAGCAUAGCUGCUCUGAGGCUCAAGGCCAAGGAGCAUGCCGCGCAGCUCACGCAGCUCAACAUCCUGCCGGGCACCAGCACGGGCAAGGAGGUGUGCUAAAGGCUGCCCUCCACUUUCGCACCCCUUGGGCGCGUCCCGAAAGGUCACCUCACUCAGCAUCACUCAAGACCAAAUGGAAACAGAGGACCAGCACACUCCCAAGAUGGCACAGACAGAGCACAGCCGCCUUCGCAGCAGCCUGGACGCUGACAAGGCAGCUUCUGGCGCUAAAGGACGUGGCACCUCUUCCGCUGGCUGUCCACCUGCCCCUGCCCCUGCCCCUGUCCCUGCCCCUGCCCCUGUCCCUGUCCCUGCCCCUGCCUCUGCUCCUGCCCCUACCCCUGCCACUGCCAAUGUAGCUCCAACUCGAACGUCCACUCUCCCAUUUUUACCUUACUGAAAUAAACGGAGAGGGUUUCUCUCCAAGAUGCCUAGUAUUGAAGUUUAAAAAAUUAAAAGCCCAACCUUCUCUUCUUCCGGAUAUCCCACUUAGCUUUCUUUUGAAUAGCAUUUUGGCGCUCUAAGUUAAUUUCAGCGCAGGCCCGGCUAGAUGCCAGGGCAAGGGAAGCAAAUGCGAAUCUGUAAAAUAGCUAACAGUGCACUUAAAGGAAAGGGGCGUCUCGUUCUUGUUCUCUUCUUUAUCAUACACCAACCAAGGUUUUUAUAUCAAACCAAAGGGAAAUACUCUGCUAGAAUAUGGACUGUUGAAGUCACCAAACUGUGAUUAUUGAUUCUGUACAUACCAUUGUUAUUAAAAAAAGAACAGAGCUUUGUAUAUUUGAAAUGUUAUAACGCAAUUGCACUCAGCGUGGUAUGGUAAAAGUUUGUCCUCCUGUAGCUCUUACUGUGUUGUAGAUACGGUAGGGUUCCUAGACAAAUAUUUAUGUACUCAAGCCCUUUAUUUAACUUAUUAACUGUAGAGGCUUUGGAAACCUUCAAGAUAAAGGCAAUGGUACAGUACUUUUGUGUAAUGUGUAAUCGUUAUCACUUUUCCUUGCUAUCUAGUGGAGAAGUGUC